UUGGCAGCGGAGACAGUCUUUUCACUAGUACUCGUAUUCCCGCAGCCGCCUCAUAGAGAAAACAGGAGCGCACCUUUCUCCGCCUACUUUUAGCUUCCGGGCUCCUUUCUACUUGUUGAAACUAUCGGUGUAAUCCGAAGACGGUUUUCCUUUGUAGAUUUGAGAGGUUGAAUUGUGCGCUAUGAGCCUGUAUGGAUCUCAGUCGAGACUGAACACUCUGGGACAGAUAGGCCGUUCUGACUCCGGACAGGACUUAAACAUGACUUACAGAAGACAGGAUUAUUACGAACGAGGUGGAUCUAUGAGGACAUCGGGACAGUAUGGCGAUGUUUUCGGAGACGGGUAUGGCCCACCUGUAAUGGGCGUAAGAGAGAUGGAUGCCAUUCAAAGGCUUUUCAGCAAUGGCCAAGAAAUGGCUGCUAGGACUGAAGAUGCUCUUCACAAGGCAGAUUAUCUCCUGCAGGAAAUGAAAUAUGGUGCUGACCCAGCUAAUGCUGGAGAAAUACUCGAUUUCUUGCAGUUAGCAAAUGAUAAACUUGCGACUCUCAGAUCUAUUAUUAUGGAACUGAAUGCUGCGGGCCAGAACUGUGAUGCACUGGACAAAAGGCAUAGAAAACUUUCCAACCAAAUGACCUCUUUGUUUAUGCAAGCUGGUUAUAGUGGUGGUGGUGGUGGUACAUAUGUCGUCACCAGUAGCGGUGGUGGUGGAGGUUUUGUCACCGGUAGCAGUGGCGGUGGAGGUUUUGUAACCAGUAGCAGUGGCGGUGGAGGUUUUGUCACCAAUAGCAGUGGCAGUGGAGGUUUUGUCACCAGUAGCAGUGGUGGCAGUGGUGGCUCGGUCCUUCGAAAGUCAAGCUACAAGGGUACAUUUUCAUCACAGAGCAAUCCAGGAUGGGAUGACCAAACUAAAAGGGCUGUUGCUGAUGCUAUGGGUUGGAUGAGACAGCAGAAAAGGUUAAUUGAAACAGCAGACUGGGGUGUUGAUUCUGCAGCAAUUGAGCAGCAGAUUGCAGGCCAGCAAAGACAUCACAAUACACUCCAGAGCUACCGCUUUCAGCUGGACAACGUGAAGCACGAUGUGAAAGAGAAGAGUGCACUUUAUCAACUGGACCAGGAGUACGACAGCUUGUUGAAAAUGUCACGUGACCGAAUGGAGCAACUGAGGCAGCUGCAAGCGUUCAUUGAGGCGAUGUCUGCUGAGAUCAUGUGGGUUAACGAUCGCGAGGAGGAGGAGCUCCUUUAUGAUUGGAGUGACAAGAACACCAAUAUCCUCCAAAAGCAGGAGGCUUUCUCUAACCUCAUGAGUCAACUGGAAACAAAGGAAAAACGCCUGAAUAAGUUAAAGCAGGACAGUGAUGCAUAUGUGACGAGUCAGCACCCUGCAGCUGAGAAGAUUGAAGCAUACACUGAUACAUUGCAGACUCAGUGGAGCUGGCUUCUUCUUCUCACAAAAUGUAUUGAUGCACAUCUGAAAGAGAAUGCAGCUUACUUUCAGUUCUUUGAGGAGGCUCAGAGCACUGAAAAUAACCUGAAGUCAAUACAAGAGUCGAUGAGAAAGCGUUUCACUUGUGACAAAAACAUGUCUUUGCAGCAAGUCUUGGAUGGGCUAAAAGAGCUGGAGAAAGAGCAUGAGAGGAUCCAGGAGUACAAGAGACAAGUGCAGAGCCUAGUAAACAAGUCCAAAAAAAUUGUGCAGUUGAAACCUCGUAGUCCAGAUUACAGGAUUACCAAACCCGUCAUUCUGAAAGCCCUCUGUGACUAUAAACAGGAGCAGACAGUUAUUCACAAAGAUGAUGAGUGCAUUUUGAAGGACAACUCACAACGAAGCAAGUGGCAGGUAACUGGCCCAGGAGGACUGGAUAUGGUUGUCCCAUCUGUAGUUUUGCUUGUCCCUCCCCCAAAUCAUUUAGCAGUGGAUCUUGCUUCCAAGAUUGAACAGUAUUAUGAAGCCAUUUUGUCACUUUGGAAUCAGCUUUACAUUAAUAUGAAGAGCUUGCUGUCUUGGCUGUACUGCAAGAUUGACAUUGAGGCAAUUCGCUCCAUGACUCUUUCUAAGUUGAAGAACAUGCGUCCUGAAGAAUACCAGAAAGUCGUCACAGAUCUAGAAUACCAUUACCAAGAAUUCCUGAGGGACAGCCAGGGCUCAGAGUUGUUUGGGGAAGAAGAGAAGAGAGAAGUCCAGACACAGUUCACAGAUGCUCAGAAGCACUACCAUCUCUUAAUUGUUCAACUGCCAUCAUACCAGGGUCAAAUACUAAUUAAACAACCGACAACAGCUAUUACUACAACAACAGCUACAAGUGUUGGUAGCGUAAAACCUGGUAUUAUAAAGACAUCUGAGAAUGAGGUUGAGUACGGAUCCCAGAGAGUCACAACACAAGAAAGUAUCCUACUUCUGUUGCAGAAGUUACGUGGGAAUUUGGAGACCUAUGACCGCAACAUGUUGAACUGGAUUCACAUCCCCCUAAAUGUUGAUGCCGUUAGGGAUUGCUCUGGAAGAAUAAGUGAGAUGGAGACUGUCCGAAGUGAGGUUACUGCCAUUAGCAAGGAUUUCAAUUUGAAUAAGGAUAGAUACCUUAAUGCGAUAAGUCAAAUGAAUGAUUCUGAGAAGGUCAAAUUUCUGCAAACAGAGAUUGCCAACAUUGAAAAGAAACUGAAAAAUACCUCUGAUCUGUCUGUAUCCUAUAUAGAGAGGCUAAAGAGGAUGCGUGCUCUCCUGCAAAGUAUACUAGAAGCUGAAGACUUGAUUAAAGUGUAUGAGGCCAGACUCACUGAAGAAGAAACAAUUUCUUUGGAUUUCAACCAAGUUGAAGAUUAUAAGAACAAGUUAAAGCAAAUGCUCACAGAUCUGGAUCAGAAAAAGGGUCUUCUCAGAGCCAUGGAAGAUGAGCUGCAGGGGGCGAUAAGUAUAAAUAGCCAGAUGCCGAACUCUCUCCAUAGAUGCGAUGUUGACCUUGCCAAGUACAGUGAGACUGUAACUCAGAUGUCAGACCGCUGGCAGAAGAUCCUGACACAAAUUAAGAACAGGCUUUGGAACUUAGAUGAGCAGGUCAGGCAGCUGAAGAACUACAGAGAAAUGCAUCAGGUCCUUUCUAGGUGGAUCGAUGACACCCGCCGUCGCCAAGAUGCACUGCAUACAGCUAAGCUGGAGGAUUCAAGAAGCAUCUCAGAGGUUCUAAAUCAGCAAAGGACUGUCCAUAGUGAGAUAAAAGGCAAACGAGACAAGGUUGAGGAGUGUGUCAAAAAUGCAGACCAGUGCAGUGGAGCCAUUAAGGACUAUGAACUUCAGUUAGCCUCAUACUCCUCGGGACUAGAAACGCUUCUUAAUAUACCAUUGCAGAGGUCCAUAAUUAAAUCGCCAUCUACCACCAUUCAGCAGGAGUCCACAGAUGUACAAAAACGCUACAUUGAACUACUCACUGAAUCUAGUGACUAUUACAAAUUCUUGAGUGAAAUGCUAAAGAACAUGGAAGAACUGAAGAUGAAAAACACCAAAAUAGAACUUUUAGAAGAGGAGCUCAAAGUGACUCAAGAUGGAAAGCUGGAAAGUUCACAGAAGACAAAGUUUCUCGACGAAAACUUGAGCAAGCUUCAAGCUGAAUGCAGUGAUUUAAGAAACAGACUUGUACGACUGGAAGAUAUGAAACAAAAGACAGAGCUAGAAUGUACCACUGCUAAACAGAGUCUAGACAAAUGCUACAUCCAAAUCAAGGAGCUCAAUGAUAAAAUUACUAGGCUGACAUAUGAGCUUGAUGAAGAGAAAAGAAAAAGAAAGCUAGCAGAGGAAAGAUUUGAGCGACAGAAGGAGGAUUUUGAGGCUACCAUGAAGAAACGAUACCUGGAAAUGGAUGAAACUAAUUGGCAAAAAUUAGACAUGGAAAAAUCCCUGCGGGACAAGGACCGGGAGAUAGAAAGGAUAAAGAGUCUACUCCAGGAUGAGGCAGCACGGAAGCGGGAACUUGAAAAUGAACUAACUAAGGUAAGAAAGCUGUAUGAUGAGGAAAUUCUUGCAUUAAAGAGGACAUAUGAAACAGAAAUUAAUGUCACAAAGACUACAAUACAGCAGAUAUCUGUAAAAAAUGAGGAAGAUAAUAUUAGUUACAAACAGCAGUUUGACAAACUUUUAAGGGAGAAGCAAGGUUUAUCAGAGGAACUUAACCGCAUAAGGAACUCAAUUAACCAAAAGGAUUUAGCUUUGAAAAAUAUGGAACAAGAUGUUCGACAGCAGAAGGUGUUUGGCACGGAGACCUCCAGGCAGAAGCAGGAGCUAGAGAUAGAAAUACGACAGAUCACUUUGCAAAAGACCGAAGAAGUUAGAAAAUUAAAUGAAAUGCUUGCAGAUGCCAGAAAGGCUAUUCAGGACAAAGGAAGAGAUGCUGAUAAGCUGAAGGUGCAGUUAGAUGAGGAAGCGAGAAAACGAAAGUCUUUAGAAGUUGAAAAUGAUAAGCUGAAGCAAAUCCAGACUGACAUUCAGAAAAAGUACCAAAGUGCAGCAGAAUCAGUUAACCAGCUAAAGACUACAGAACAGGAGUUCAGAGUGGUGAAAAUGGAUAUGGACAGGCUAUUGAGGGAAAAAGGAAGAUUAGAGCAAGAAAGUUCAAGGUUGCAGAAUAGCUUAAAAGAAGCAAAUCAUCAUAAGUAUAAGUUGGAGGAGGAACUUACUGUUCAAAGAAAGGCUGCAACAGAAGAAUCCAUACUGAGGAAGAAGCUGGAGGAAGAGCUUCAGAGGGUACGUAAUGCAUGCAGGGAGCAUACUGAUAAAAUCACAAAGCUAACAAAUCAGAUUGAAGAGUUUACUUUGAUAAAGAGAAGACAUGAAACAGAGCUUAGAGGUGAAAAGGAAAAUAUAACUCAGCAUUUAAAGGAGAAGCAGGAAGUCACUGAGACAUUAAACAAAAUGACAAACGAAGUUGAGGAUUUGCGGCGCCAACUCGCUCAAGAAAAAGAGAAUGUUAAGCAGGCAGUUAAUAGAAAUGAAAGCCUGCAGAAAGCAAUAGAAGAGAAAACUAGAGGUUUGAAUGAAAGUAAAACAGAGAUAGACAAGCAGCAGAUUCUGACGCAGAAUCUCACAAAAGAGCGUUUGAGACUAGAGGAGGAGCUGCGAAACCUAAGAGCUGAAUAUGAUGACAUUAAAAAGAACAGGCGAGAUGCGGAAGUGGAGGCAAAUUCCACAGUCAAUGAAUUAAAACUUCAGUUGCAGACAAGCAGCAAACGAACCCUUGAACUUCAGGGGCUGAUUAAUGAGUUGCAGAAAGAAAGAGAAAAAUUAAGACAAGAAAUUGACAAAUUCCAAAAUCAAGCUAUGGAGGCAACUAGUAUGAUUCAUGAGUCCCAGUCUCUAUAUAAAGAUCUUACACAAGAGAAGGAAAGCUUACUUUUGAAGGUAAAACUUUUAGAGCAAGACAAAGCAAGACUACAAAAGCUUGAAGAUGAGCUGAGUCGUAUCAGAGUUUCACUGGAAACCGAAAUGCGUGUCAAACAGAGACUGCAGGAUGAGAACCAACAACUCAAAAAUGAUUUUGCCCACUGGAAGAGUCAGUACGAUGUCAAGGAAGAGAUUGUUAGAAGAUAUGAGCUAGACAAGCACAAUCUUGAAAGAGAAAGAUCGUCUCAGAAAAGUGAGGUUGAUAGGCUGAUGGCUGAGAUUAAGAUGCUCGAGGAAAGAUACAAACGUAAAAUGGAAGAAUAUGAUCGAGAACGGAAACUGGAACAGGAAACAGUAACCAAGAAAAUGCAAAUGGAGAUUGAUAAGCUUAACCAGCGACCGUAUGUGUCCAGCAAGGAGACUCAGACUGCUGAAGAUAUGACUAUGCUAGACUCCUCAAAACUUAUGUUCAGUGGACUGCGAAAACAAGUUUCAGCUCGCCAGCUCUUUGACUGUCAGCUUAUUGACAAAUCAACUUUGGAAAAACUGGUGAAGGGUCAGAAGUCAAUAGAGGAGGUUACUUCUGAUAUUGAGCCCUUCCUUAAAGGAUCAGGAGUAAUUGCAGGAGUUUUUGUUACACCCAAAGAAAAAUAUUCCAUGAAACAAGCUAAGGAAAAAAAUCUUCUUAAGCCAGAUACUGCUUUGAUGCUUUUAGAAGCACAGGCAGCCACAGGUUACAUCAUUGACCCACACAGAAAUGACAAGGUGUCAGUUGAAGCUGCAGUCAAUCGAGAUGUAGUCGACUAUGCUGAUAAAGAAGCCCUGCUUACAGCUGAGAAAGCAGUCAUUGGUUUUAGUGAUCCUUUUUCAGGUAAAACCGUGCCAGUGGCCGAAGCAGUCAAGAAAAAUCUAAUUGAUAGAAAAACUGGACUUCGGUUUUUAGAAGCACAGCUUGCUGCAGGAGGCAUUAUUGACCCAGUGAAUAGUGUGUUCUUACCAAAGGACAAGGCUCUUAGCCGUGGUCUUAUAGAUGCUGAAAUAUAUAGCAUACUCAGUGAUCUUCAUGAUAACUCUGGAAGUUUUCUUGAGCCAUCAACCCAGAAGAAUACGACCUACCUUAAACUAAAGCAAAAGUGCAGAACUGAACCCCACACUGGCUUAUUGAUGUUACCAGUUGUCAAGAAGAGUGUAUCAUUUGUAGGGAUUAGAGGACAAAUCCCACUGGAAACUUUAGUGACUGCUCGUGUUGUCAACAAAGAUACUGCCACUAAACUUGAAGAAGGUACUGUCUCUUUGGAAGAAGUAAGUGAGAAGAUAAAGACAUUUCUUGAGGGCUCCAGUUGUAUAGCAGGCAUAUAUAAUGAAGCUACUGGAGAAAAACUUGCAAUAUAUCAUGCGAUGAAGACAGGCUUGGUAAGACCAGGUACAGCACUUGAGCUUCUGGAAGCACAAGCAGCAACUGGUUUUAUAGUAGAUCCUGUAGGCAAUUUGCGAUUACCAGUAGAAGAAGCUUAUAGAAGAGGUCUAAUUGGACCAGAAUUCAAAGAGAAACUUAUGUCUGCAGAACGUGCUGUUACUGGAUAUAGAGACCCAAUAACUGGAAAACUCAUAUCCUUAUUCCAGGCGAUGAAAAAAGAACUGAUUGAAAAAGGGCAUGGCAUUCGCCUGCUGGAAGCACAAAUUGCAACGGGUGGAAUUAUUGAUCCUGAUGGGAGCUAUCGCUUACCUGUUGAUGUUGCUUAUGAACGUGGAUAUUUUGAUGAGGAACUAAAUGAAAUCCUUCUAGACCCUACUGAUGACACAAAGGGAUUCUUUGAUCCAAAUACUGAAGAAAAUCUAACUUAUCUUCAGUUGAAGGAAAGGUGCAUUGUUGAUAAUGGCACCGGGCUUUGCUUGCUUCCACUAAAAGACAAGAAAAAGGUACUGAAGACCUCUCAGAAAAAUACACUAAGAAAACGCAGAGUUGUAAUAGUAGAUCCAGAUACCAACAGAGAAAUGACAGUACGUGAAGCAUAUCACAAAGAUCUGAUAGACUAUGAGACGUUCCUGGAACUCUCAGAGCAGGAGUGCGAAUGGGAAGAAAUAACUAUUUCAGCUUCAGACGGAUCAAAUCGAGUAGUUCUCGUAGACCGAAAAACAGGCAAACAGUAUGACAUUCAAGAGUUUAUUGAAAAAGGACAUAUUGAUAAAAAAUAUUAUGAACAGUAUCGUGCUGGUACAUUAUCUCUCACUCAGUUUGCAGAUAUGUUCUACAGGAAUGGCAGUGAAAUAACAUUCACAUCUAACAGAGUUGAUUCAUUGAGUAAAACUCCAAGUUCUCCAUUGCUUCAGAGCCCAAAAUUUAAAAUUUCUUCUGAAACACUUGAAGAUAGCAGUCCUAUUGCUGCUAUAUUUGAUUCUGAAACACUGGAAAAAAUAACCAUCACAGAAGCAAUGCGCAGAAAUCUUGUUGACAGCAUAACUGGCCAAAGGUUAUUGGAAGCCCAGGCAUGUACAGGUGGCAUAAUAAAUCCAGGCACUGGACAGAAACUUUCACUUACAGAUGCUGUAGUCCAGGGUAUUAUAGACCAGGAAAUGGCAGGAAGGCUGAAACCAGCUCAGAAGGCACAUCUGGGUUUUGACAAUGUAAGAGGCAAGAAAAGAUUAUCAGCAGCAGAAGCAGUGAAAGAAAAAUGGCUGCCAUAUGAGGCUGGACAGCGUUUUCUUGAGUUUCAAUAUAUCACUGGAGGCCUUGUUGAACCUGAUGCACCAGGAAGAGUUAGUACUGAAGAAGCCAUUAGAAAGGGAAUGAUUGAUGGACGUACUGCACAAAAACUUCAGGACACCAGCAACCACCCUAGAAUUCUAACAUGUCCCAAAACCAAGUUGAAAAUUUCUUACAAAGAGGCAAUGGAUAGAUCAAUGGUAGAAGAGAAGACUGGACUGAGAAUGCUAGAAGCCACUUCAACAUCUUCCAAAGGAAUAAGCAGUCCCUACAAUUUAUCUGGGCCAAGCUCUCGAUCAGGCUCUCGCCCUGGAUCAAGAAGAGGGAGCUUUGAUGCAUCUUCAUCAUCGGUCAAUUAUACUUUCACAUCCUACACCAGCAGUUCCACAGGAUAUUAAUAGCUUAGGGUCAAACUUUACUCAGUAGUUGUUGUCUUCAAUUAUAUGCAUCUGAAAGUCAGUUUUCUUGCUCUCAUACAAAAAUGUCUGAAUUUAUAUUGUAAAAGCUGAGUCUAAUUUUGUUGGUGUUCAUGGGGUGUUGCUUUCAUUUUACUGAAAAAAAGUUAUGUAUUUUUUUAGACUACAUUAUGUACUUAGAACUUGCACUCUGCCUGAAUAAUUAGAAAUUGAAACUAACAUGUAUGUAUAAUACACCUGCUUUUAAAAUAAAAAAAAUCUUUUUUUUCAAAA